UCCUCCAAAUCAAUUCUUUUCCAUCCGCAGACCCCAAUCGACGGUGCCCCUUCACCAUCUACUCAUUUUCCUCUCACCACCGUCCAAUCGCCGGUAACACUUCUCCCGAAUGGCGCUGUACUGCCACUCCUCCUUGCCAUCGCUUCUGCCUCUGCCCAAACCCGACGCCGCACCACCCCCAGCCACCGUGGAUCGGCGCCCAAACCAUCUCCGUUCUGCCAUUGCUGGUCGCCGUGACUACAGCCUCUUCAUCCCCAUCUUCUCCUGGACCGAGCUAAGGCUGCCACAAACCACCACCCAAAUCAAUGCGCGCCUCCGCUUCUCAGUCUCGACCGCCAUGGCCGCACCUUCGCCCAGCCCAGCAACUCCAACCGACACUGUCCUCUCCUCAUCCCAGUCAAAAUUAUUUGGAUUUUUGGCACGCCCAGUGGGACAACUCUACCUUUCAUCUCUCUUUCCGUCGAAUUCUCAAACGAUCAAUGGCUUCCUACAAAAUCAAUACUUCCAAUGCUGUGUCGAAAGCUACUGCUCUAGCCGCCACCGCCAAAGGAGUCGCUGCUACUACAUCAAGAACCUCAAGUGCUUCAAUGAAUGCUGGAGGGAUGACACGAAGUAUGGCUAAAAGAGUACUGUCAUUUUCCGAGGAUGCACAUCCGAAAAUCACAGAGCAAAACUCACUCUAUGAGGAAGACGAAAGCUUCAAGAGUACUUCCGCACCGGGCACCCCUCAAGAAGUUGCAACUCGUUCGACUGCAUCGAGUUAUGCCCCGGUAUGACCACGAACGCUUCAAACAUAGAAGACCAACUUGUUGCACUGGCCAAAGUUGUUGAAGGGAUGUCUCAACACAUGCAGCAACAAGACAAUGUCAUCGCAAAACUGCUUGCAAAAUUGGACAAGCCGGAACCAACCAACCAGAAUGCUUCGGAGGCCCAAAAUGAAGCAGAAACAUCCAUGGAUCAACGCCACGGUAAAGAAAAAAUGGCGGGGCCAAUGCCGUUUCAAGCAUCAUCUGACUCUUUCAUCCAUCUAUCCCAACUUGACGAGUAUAUCAAAGGAGCUCUCAAAAGGGAGUUUGAAGGAAGUUCAAGGCCAACAAAUAUGUAUGCCAAGCCUUACACUUCAAGGAUCGACGCCCUCAAGAUGCCGAUGGGAUAUCAACCACCAAAGUUCCAACAAUUUGAUGGCAAAGGCAACCCAAAGCAGCAUGUGGCACACUUCAUGGAAACAUGCAACAACGCUGGGACAUAUGGCGAUCUCUUGGUAAAGCAGUUCGUACGGUCAUUAAAAGGCAACGCCUUCGACUGGUAUAUCGACCUGGAGGCUGGUUCCAUCGACAGUUGGGAGCAGUUGGAGUACGAGUUCUUGAACCGGUUCUACAGCACAAAAAGGACCGUCAGUAUGACAGAACUCACAAAUACUCGUCAAUGGAAAGAUGAACCAGCAAUCGACUACAUCAACCGCUGGAGGAGUUUGAGCUUGAACUGCAAAGACCGGUUGUCUGAGGCCUCCGGUAUAGAGAUGUGCGUCCAAGGAAUGCACUGGGGGUUGAAAUACAUCCUGCAAGGGAUCCGACCCCACACUUUCGAAGAACUUGCUACCCGCGCUCAUGACAUGGAGUUAAGUAUGGCUUCAAGCGGGAUGCACGGACCACCAGUUCAAGAAUCUUCAAAAGCAAAAAGAUACGAAAGAUAUGAUGCCGCAAAGAAGGGGAACAACGCCCCUAUCAAGUCUUUUGGAAAAGAAGCCUUGGCCAUAAAAGCGACGACCAAAGCAUCUAUGAAGAUCCAAAGUAAAGAAAAGGAAGUUACAAGGAAAAGACAAUCAACUCAGACAGAAAGACCGCCAAGGCCAACCCUUAAAGAGUUGCAAUCCAAAACUUAUCCUUUCCUGGAUUCCGACGUCUCGGGAAUCUUUGACGAUCUACUCAGAGAAAACCUCAUUGAACUUCCGAAUUCAAAAAGACCGGAGGAAGCUGGAAAGGUUGAUGACCCAAGAUAUCGCAAAUACCAUCGUGUCGUAGGACAUCCCAUCCAUAAUUGUUUCAUCUUUAAAGACAAAGUCAUGGAGUUGGCUCAUGAAGGAAAGAUUACCCUUGAAGACGAUUCUGUUUCUGUUAAUGUCACUUCAAUCAUGUUCGGGUCUCUCGAAGUUGACAUAAAAGACAAAGAAUCAUAUUGUCUCACUACCGAGAAAGGUGGCAAGGCGAUCAGAGACAAAUCGAGUGAAGAAUGUGCCAUGAUAACUUUCACUGAUGAAGAUUUGGUGUUAGGAUCCAAACCCCAUAAUCGUCCAUUACUGGUCGUGGGUUAUAUCCAUGAACAAAGGAUUAACCGGAUAUUCUUAGACGGAGGAGCUGCAGUCAAUGUCCUUCCUCUAUACACAUUGCAAAAAUUGGGAAUAUCAGUAGAUCAGUUGUUCGAGAGUCGUAUGACAAUACAUGGAUACAAUCAAGAGGGGCAAAGAGCACUUGACACCAUAAGAUUGAGACUUUUAAUCGAUGAAAUGGAAACUAACCCUUUGUUCUACGUGAUAGACACAAAGACAUCUUUCAACGUUCUUUUGGGAAGACCAUGGAUACAUGAGAAUGGUGUAGUUCCAUCAACGUGGCACCAGUGCUUCAAAUACACUCAAAAUGGAGUGACAAAGAAAGUUCUCGGAGACACAAAGCCAUAUGCAGAAGCCGAGUCACACUUUGCGGACGCCAAAUAUUUCUCUACAGAAGCAAAAAAAUCCAAGGUACAUGAAGAUGUCAAAGCACCACAACCAAACUUGGGGGCAAAGUUAAGAGAUAAAGAAAAAACACCUGCCUCAGGAUCUGCAGACUCAUUAAUUGAGCCUCUGAAAGAUUUGACUCUUCCGAAGACCCCACUCAACCCAAUCUCCCCAUCACAUACAAGAAAUGGAAAAGAAGAAAAAAUAGAGGCUAUGCGAUUGCAAAAGGACAAAAGCUUUGGCCUAAAAGCCUACAGACUUCUCACAAAAGCUGGAUAUAAUCCAAAUGAGGAAUCACUGCUGGGAAAGUUACCACCACAGACAACCCAAGGUUCGAGGGCUGGUCUUGGGUACAUGCCACAAGCUCCCGUACGCAUCGCUAUCAAAAGGGCUGCAAAUCAUCAUAUCACCGAAAGCGAGACUUUGUCUUCCAAUUCACCUCAAAAGGGGAAGAAUGCAAGAGUAUCGGUUUUCGAGAGGCUAAAACCUUCUGUCUUCACAAGGUUAGGACCAAAGAUCAAUAAAGAGAAAAACAAGACGAAUUCCACAUCAACAAAAUAUGUGGAGAUGGAUGAAGAAAUCAAGAGCCGUUUUCCAUCCCGCAUGACGCGUUAA